UAAUAAAUGUUUAUUAAAUUAAAUUGAAUAUCUGCUUUGAGGCGGGCUGGUAAGCAGCUGGGUGAAGAACCAAACUUAGCUCUCCGAGAAAUCUUUGCAAUAAACCAGGGCUCUCAGUUGUCAGCGAGAUGAUGAUAUAGUGGCUGGACGCUUUGGAACGUUUCCUCUUUUUCAGUCGGACAUUCAUCAUCUGAUGGAGAGGCUUAGGACUGACGGCUGUAACUGCGCCCUGGGGAGGGGAGGAGAGGAGAGGGGAGGGGUGGGGAGGGGAGGGCAGGGAGGCGUCCUAAGUUCUCGGACGCACCACGGCCGCCUGCCAAGCCCUCCAUGCAUUUAAUAACCCAGCGCGCGAGCUCCCGCAGUCCCCGCCUUUUCCUCCCAAGACCGCCUCCCGGCCCUGUCCAUUGGCGGACUCCGCCCGCGCGCUCCUGAUUGGUGGAACCGCACUCCGUUAGCGCCGUCCGUCAAAGCUGGCGGGAGAGUGCGGUUGGGGUUAUGGCGUCUGACGCUCUCUCUGCCGGCUCGGGCCGGGGCCCGGGCCCCUCGGUGCGGCUCCCCACGGCGCCCCCGCUGAAGCUGCUGGCCGGGCAGCUGCGGCACUGCGCCGUAGGCGGGCCCGGGGCCUGGCAGCUGGCCCGGGAGCCGGCGAGCCGAGCUCCGCUGGAGCUGGCGGCCGUGUGGAUGCAGGGCCGAGUGGUGGAAGUGGCGGAGCGGGGCGGCUGGGCGCGGCUGCGGGACCCGAGCGGCUCCUUCACCGUGCGGGGCCUGGAGCGCGUGCCCCAGGGGAAGCCCUGCGUAGCCCCAGGGAAAUAUGUGAUGGUGAUGGGAGUCAUUCAGACCUGCAACCCUGAACCUUGUCUUCAAGCUGUGAAGAUGACAGAUCUUUCUGAAAACCCUAUACAUGAAAGCAUGUGGGAACUGGAAGUAGAAGAUUUGCACAGGAAUAUUCCCUAAGUGCAUUUUAAUAUAUAGUUUAAGGGAACUGGAAUUAAUUACAAGUAUAUUUCGGUUCUUACACCUUUUGCAUCUCCUGGGCCUAAUUGUAUCUGCUAGUUUGUGUUUCUCGAAAGUUCCCUAGAACGCUGGGGGUGAAUUGGCUAGAUAACUGGUUUACAGACACAGUGAGAAUUUAGGACAUUUUCAUGCUGUGGCUAUUUCAGCAUAUUCAACUCCAAGAGAAGCAUCCAUUCCCCCUGCUGAGAAUGCUGUUGCUGAUGGAAAGCAGAUGUUUGCUGUGCUUUUUUGUUUUUGUUUUAUUUUAAAAGCACACGAAAACCUCACACUGCAUUUUCCAAAUAUUACAAGUGAUGGUAUUUUUCCAUUACUGCAGCGACCCUGUUUUAGAAUGCGGAAUUUGAAUCCCAGUCAUUGGCUAUGGUGAUUAAAGUGUGGUUAUGGUCAGGAAAACAGACUGUGUAAAAGGAAUGACAUCAUGGCUCCGUUUAUUCUCCAUCAACGACUUCCAGAUCCAGUUUGCAAGUCAAAUGACAUUUUUAUAACUGCAGGGCACAAACUGCUGUCUGCAAAAUACAGCUGUCUUUCCUCUUCAAACACCACUGGACCACUGAGGCUUAGCUUUCCCUUAGAUAGGGACAAUUGCUUCCUUCACUUAGAUAUUGUUGAAAUGCUUGAUGAAAGAUGCUAUAAAGAAAAGAGCUAACAUCGAGAUAGAUAUGCGUAUGUAUUCAGGACUUAACUGAACUGUAGCUGCUUCUUCAUGGCUAUGGACAGGAAUUCUUGAGGGCGCAUCCUACUGCCUCUGCUUCUUAUUCCACAAGAGAACAAUACUGUGGUUUUUAACUUGUAAAUGUUGAGUUGUGUGUUUGUGUGUUCAUUCUCAUACCUCAUUUUUUCUUUCCUUUUUAAAAUAAAUUUUUACCAGGA